UGUUGAGCCUCAAGACCGGCAAGAGAAGAUUGGUUCAAGAUCAGGCAGAAGAGCGUAAUUUACCUUCAUUUCCUGGCCUGGCAUGGCAUGGCAAGGAGUCAUUUCCUUCAUGGCCACGGAAUGUAGACUUCUAGUUGAGUGAAGCGAGGAAAAAAUCCGCCAUGGAGGAGUCUGAGUCCGUUGACUCGGACUCAGGACCCAAGCGGGCCACUCGGCAGCUGCCUGUGAUGGUUGCCAUAACCCAUCCGCCUGAAAAGAGGACUGAGGAAGAUAUAGACACGAUCAUGAAGUCUUUGGAGUAUGCCCCAGUCUUCUUACCCUUGCCACCGACAGUUCGCAGGCAGCUAUGUGCUUCAUUGCAUGCCAAGGAGGUCAAGACCGAUGAAGUUAUUAUUGAGAAAGGCACGGAAUUGGACUUCUUCUAUAUCAUGCAGGGAUCUGUCGUAGAGGAUGGCCCAGCAUCAGCCGAUGGGUCCACGGACGAGUCGACUUCCGGCGAGAAGAACACGGCACACUCCGCUGGUGACUCCUUUGGCGUGCCUCUGAUGGAAUGCUCAGCCACUGAGGAUCGUAUGAUAUCCCCUUCAACUUUCAAAGCUAAGACUUCCAGUAGUCUGCUCUGGUUGAAUCGUGAUGAGGUUCUGCGAAUAGCCCAUCCGAACACCGAGAGCGUACGUCGUGUAGAGGAUGUAAAUGGAGAUCUGGUGGCAAUGACCACAUAUCGUGCUGUUGGCCAAGGGAAAUUCCAGCAGGUUGUUGUGCGAGCAGCACCACAUAAGCUGCAGGAGUAUCUGCUUGGUGAUGAGGGUGGCCCACAGUUUAUUGAGGAUUUCCUCAUGACAUUACCAGUAUUUAUGAAAGAGUCGGAGGAUCUGAUAGAAUUCCUGACAAACAGCAUUCCGGAACAUGUUGAUCGCGUAGCCAGUAUCCUUUCGAUCUGGUUGCGAACGCAGAGUGAUGACUUCAAAGAGCGCCCUGGAUUGCGUCAAGGACUUGAGUAUAUCAUACAGUCAUUAGACUCCUGCCCUGCCACGCCGAACACACGGUUCCUGCAGGCAGUAUCAAAGCGCCUGCUCAACGAUGAGAUGGAUUCGCUUAGCAUAUUUUCCCUGACGAAAUCCCAGUCUGUCACUUCGACUUGUUCGCGUGAGAGUGGCGGUGACUUGCUUGAGGAGGAGGUGCCUGCUUGUGCACAUGUGCCAAUUACAACAGGGCCUGAAGAAGCACUUACCGUGUCUUCUGCUGCACCUACAACGAUAAACACUCCCAACGCUCAGCUGCCCACAACACAUUCAUCCCUUACACCGCAACCGUCUCCCGGCCAUGGUUUGGCAGUAGCUGGUCAGGAAUCCGGCUCGUUUUUCCGCUCGCCAUCGACGUCGUCAAGUCGGAGAAGUGCACGCUUUCGGCGGCGGACGCAGAGUCGUAUGUGUGGAGAUAAAGUGCCCCUCAAAAUCUUCAAUUCUGAAGGCCAUUAUCGAAUCAUACCCAUUCUGGAUGAUUACUCAUGUGCACAGGUAUUGGCCAUGGCUGUCAAGGCGUUUGUUAUUGACCGGCCGUCGGAGCAAUUCACUCUCGUCAAUGUCAGCGUUGCACCGCCAGACAUCGUCAAGCAACGCAACAUCCAGUCACACAUGACCAAGAUGUCAAGCUACCAGAAAACGUCCAGCCGCAUCUACCUGAAGGAUAUCAGCAUAUCUGGUCAUGUGACUUCCGAGGACACGACGCAGGAGAUGAUUCGCAAUGCUGAGAUAUCACUGCACACGAUCGACCUGAAAGAGCUGGUGCGGCACAUUACCAUGUCCGAUUUCUGCCUCUUCAAGAAAAUCACACCGUCAGACUACAUUUUCGACACGUUUGAGAUGCAGUCAUCACUCGCGAGCGAAAGGCGCAUGCAGGAUGCUUCUGACCUUGUGAAUGCACAGAUGAUGUGGGUCGUUCAUGAAGUGUGCCUGGAGCCCGAUGUCGCAAGGCGUGCACAUGUGAUUCGCACCUUCAUUGAGUUGGCUGUUAUGUUCCGUCGGGUGCGCAAUUUUAACUCCAUGCUGGCGAUUAUCAGUGGCCUGUCAUAUACAGCUGUAUCUCGACUCAAGAGGACGUGGGAGAGAGUUCCCAAGAAGUUCAUCACCAAUCUCGAUGAGAUGCAGCAGUUAUUAGAUCCAUCCCGCAAUAUGGCCAACUACCGUGAGCUACUGUCCAGUGAGUCCAUAAAGCCUCCGUUCAUUCCUUUCUUUCCCAUCAUCAAGAAGGACCUCACCUUCUUGCACCUGGGCAACAAGACAAAGGUGGAUGGACUGAUCAACAUCGACAAGCUGCGAAUGAUUGCCAGCGAGGUGCGCAAAGUCGUGGAGUGCACGUCCCGCUCCUACACAGGCAAUGACAUGCUGACGGGUCUUCCCACACUUGGUUCGCACCUGGUAACAGAGCAGUUUGAGAUGAACGCCAUGAAGAAAGCCCACCAGUACCUCAUGGCCGACCAGGCCAUUACCUUCUAUGUCAAGGUGUUUGAUAAUCUCGACAAGGAUGAAAAAACACUGCUACAACUUUCGCGUGAGCUUGAGCCUCCUGAUGGCAGCAACACCGGCAUUGGGACCUCGCGGUCCGAGUCCACCACACAGAUCUUUGCCCACAAACCCGGAUCGUUCAGACGAGGUCAGUACUCGUCACUUCGCAAAGCGUUCUCCAAAUACAUAUCCAAAUAGAGUUGAUGAUGCCGCUUGAUGUAUGCUUACUAGUUAGCCUGAAGGCAUCACACGCAAAAUAUAUAUUUUUACACAAAAGCCUGGCGCAGAGCCAAGUUCUCACCAAAGCAUACAACUAUACUCUAUAUUUUCUGCGCGCAUACGAAAUAUGAGCCACUCAGCUGGUUGCAGUGGAGUAUGGUUUUGACCAUGAUCAUGAGAAGAUACAGAUGCCAUUGUUUCUUGUGAUCGCCACCUUCAUGGCCUUAUAUAUCUAUAGUACUUUUCUUCAUAUCAUAUACACCACCAGCACUCCAUAACACAGUUACUGAGCCUGCCAGGUGCCUAGACUUAACCCAGCCUUUUGCUUUCAUUUAUUCAGUUCAGCUUUUUUUGCAAGAUUGCUUCAUCUGAUCCCAUUGUAACGCUAUUCCUCACGUUCUUUUUUUGCGCCUAUAUUCAUUUAGUUAUUAGCAUGUGUUGUCCCUUUGUCAAUAGGUUUUAUUUUCAUUAUCUGUCUAUGUAAUUGUGCUCUCUCUCUCUGUCUCUCUCUCUCUGUCUCUCUCGCUCGCUCUCUCUCUCUCUCUCUCUCUCUCUCUCUCUCUGUCUCUCUCUCUCUCUCUCUCUCUCUCUCUCUCUCUCUCUCUCUCUUUCUCUCUUCCUUCUUUCUCUCUGUGCCCUUUCUUGAUUUAUCUAUCGCUGUUCCCCUCUUGUAUAUUAUUGUACAAUAUUUGUAGCUGUUUUUUUUGUGUUCAGAAUCUUGUCUACGUCUAUACCUGUCCUUCCCGAAACACUAGCAUUUCCCUUUUCCUCUCAGCUGAUCCUCUACUGUACUUGGUCGAGUUAAGAACUGUAUAGUUGAAUCUAUUAAG